GUCACUCUCCUAUGUUCAGCAACAACAACCGCUGAAUCUUCCUCCGUACACAAAAUAUGCAUUUUCGAACUAUAUCAUCAAAUCAAUGUCUCAUUUCAAUUUCCAAUUUCACUUCACACUCAUCUUCUUCUCUCAGGUGCUUUUGUUCUGUUCAAACACAAAAUGUCAUCAAUGGAGUUGAACAACAACAACAAGAAGAAUUUGUUCAAGAUGAAAAACCCAGAUCAAGAAACUCAAGCAAAACAGCUAAAACAAUGGUUAAUCUAAUAAAUUUCAAACCUUGGUCAAAUGAGUUAUUAUCAUCAUUCACAACUUCACUUUCCAAAACCACUGUUCUUCAAACACUGCGUCAUAUUAAAGUACCAUCAAAAGCCUUUAUGUUUUUCAAUUGGGUACAUGAAAAGGGUUUCUCUCAUAAUCCUCGAUCCUAUUUUAUGAUGUUAGAAAUUUUGGGUCGUGAAAAGAAUCUUAAUGUAGCUAGAAAUUUUAUAUUUUCUAUUGAGAAAAGGUCUAAUGGUGAAGUUAAGCUUAAAGAUAAGUUUUUUAAUAGCUUAAUUAGGAGUUAUGGUGAAGCUGGUUUGUUUAAAGAGUCUAUGAAGCUUUUUGAGACUAUGAAAUCGAUUGGUGUUUCGCCGUCUGUGGUUACGUUUAAUAGUGUCUUGUUAGUUUUGCUUAAAAGGGGUAGGGCAAAUAUGGCUAAAGAGGUGUAUGAUGAAAUGCUUAACACGUAUGGUGUUACGCCGGAUAUUUACACCUUUAACAUUUUGAUUCGAGGGUUUUGUAAGAAUUCUAGGGUUGAUGAAGGGUUUCAUUUCUUUAGAGAAAUGACAAGAUUCAAUUGUGAUCCAGACGUUGUUACGUAUAACACGCUUGUCGAUGGGUUGUGUAGAGUAGGGAAGAUUAAGGUGGCGCGUAAUUUGGUGAAUGGUAUGAGUAAGAAAUGCAAAGAUUUGAGUCCUGAUGUUGUUACAUAUACGACUUUGAUUCGAGGGUAUUGUAUGAAACAAGAACUCGAUGAGGCCUUGGUUAUUCUUGAAGAGAUGAAUGGUAGAGGGCUUAAGCCGAAUAUAAAUACAUAUAAUACAAUUGUAAAAGGACUUUGUGAGUCGAACAAGUGGGAUAAAAUGAAAGAUAUUUUGGAACAAAUGGAAGGUGAUGGUGGAUCUAUUCCAGAUGCAUGUACCUUCAAUACACUGAUUAGUUCACAUUGUUGUGAUGGAAACCUUGAUGAAGCAUUCAAGAUUUUCAAAAACAUGCAAAAAUUAGAGGUCUCAGCAGAUUCAGCCUCAUACAGUGUUCUGAUACGAAGUUUAUGUCUGAAAGAGGACUAUGAUAAAGCAGAAAGGCUUUUGGAUGAGUUACUUGAGGAGGAAAUUUUGUUACGUGAUUAUGGCCCAAAGCCGCUGGCUGCUUCUUAUAGGCCUAUUUUUCGGUAUUUGUGUGAACAUGGGAAAACAAAGAAGGCCGAAAGGCUACUCAGACAGCUAAUGAAAAGGGGAACACAAGAUCCCCUAUCAUACAAGAUAGUGAUUUUGGGGCACUGUAAAGAAGGUGCAUUUGAAAAUGGAUAUGGGCUUUUAAUAUGGAUGCUGAGAAGGGAUUUUCUUCCCGAUGUUGAUAUUUAUGACUAUUUGAUCGAUGGUUUGCUUCAGAAGGAUAAGCCUCUCCUUGCAAAGGAGACACUAGAGAAAAUGCUAAAGAGCUCUUAUCAACCAGAAACAAAUACAUGGCAUUCUAUACUCUCUAGACUUUUGGAAAAGGGCUAUGUUAAUGAGUCUGCCGGUGUUAUUGUCAUGAUGUUGGAGAGAGAUAUCAGACAAAAUAUAAACCUUUCAACUAAGUGUUUACAGCUACUUUUUGAACGUGGUCAGCAUGAUAAAGCAUUUAAAAUUAACGAGUUGAUUUAUAAGAAUGGGUACUGUGUUAAAAUGGAUGAAGUUGUUCAAUUUCUUUGCAACAAAGGAAGGGCAUCAGAAGCAUGCAAAAUGUUGCUUUUUGGUUUGAUGAAUAAUCAGAAUAUCGACAUUGAUUUGUGUAAUAUUGUUAUUCUCGAUCUUUGCAAAAUUAACAAGGCUUCAGAAGCAUUUAGUUUAUGCUAUGAAUUGGUGGAGAAAGGUUUGCAUCAGGACAUGACAUGUCUCAAUGAUCUGGUAACUGCUUUAGAGGCAGGUGGAAGAAUAGAGGAGGCUGCAUUUAUAUCAAAGAGAAUACCAAAAGCAGAGAACUUUGGCCGAUCUGAACGAAAUAAUAUCGCUAAGAAGUCCAGGCCUGAUAAAAUGUGGUAGUUGAUAUUUACUAUUUUAUUAACAAGAGGUUAGGGAUCCAUUAUCAUCUGAGUCAAUGAAGACUAGGGAACCUCUUGUUCAGGAGUAGAUGAGCGCUGUGUCUAAGAAGGUGACUCUAUUUGGAUUAUUCUACUGCUUCCUCGGACUAUCAUCAGAGGCUGAUAAAAUAUUGGGAAUACAUUGUAAGUUUUCCCUACGGAUAUACGUUUGACCAUUUUGAGAGAUAUAGACUUUCAGCUUCUUGUUAUCUCCAUGUGUUGUAAAAAAUUGAAUUUAUUGAACUUAAUUGUACAGUAAUUGACAUUGCCAAGAUUAUAAGAAAUCUUUAUAUAAGCCUGUUAGAGUACUUCCUCGGUACUUCUGCAGUUAGGCCUAAAGCCCGCGUUUUAAGAUGAGAGAAAGGAAAUAUUUUAGCGAAGCUGAACAAAAAGUGGAGGAUAGAAAUCUCUUCAAGGUUUUCCCCUUCACAAAGAAUGUCUCGUGUCAUAUAAAAGCUAUCGAGUUGCAGAAUGAAUCCCUCGGUUUUGAUUUCCUAAUUUAUCUCACUGAUUCCUUCUAACUAACUAAUGGAACUUACUGUUGUCCUUACUUUUAAAUUUUCUAAUUUUGGCUGAAACAUGCAUGCUAUCUGAACUCUGAAGCUUUUUGUAUAGGUAACUUUGUAAAUUAGUACUCCCUCCGGUCCUUUUUAUAAGGAACACUUUGAAAAAAUCACACAGACCAAGGAAGCACAUUGUACAUGGUUAUUUUCAUUUAAUACUCAUAAAAAUUUAAAUUUAUUCCAUGUAUACCCUUAUUUAAUUACUCUUAAUUCAACUAACUUACUUAUUUUUAAUAUUAUCUCUCAUAGUAAAUAAGGGCAUAAGUGAAAUUAAACAUUUAAAACAUUUGAAAAUUGGUCAAAGUUUCUUAUAAAAAGGACCAAAUUUUUUUUCCAAACGGUUCCUUAUAAAAAGGACUGAAAGGAGUAGUUUUGUUAUUUAUCAGAGUUUGAAUCCCGGACUUCUUAUGUAAAACUCCUUCAGCAUUUUUUAACUCACCAACUGAAUGUCCUGUUCGGAAAAUAGAUGUCUGGAGUCUGGACUCCAUUGUUCUCACAUCCUGUUCAUGGAAUCUGUUAUGCCCAGUUUUUGUGUUUGCCGUGUAGGGGUCUAUCAGUGCAAGUCAGCUGAACACCGUGAUUGAUGAGUGGGUGUACUGAAGGGAAAGUGCCCACUACUGAGUUCAUAGCUUUUAGAAAUUGCUUCCAUGGGAGAACCUUGGGUGCACUUGCUUUGACGAGUAAAGUACA